AUGCCCCCUCCAGCCCAACGCCCGCGCGCCUGCGACAACUGCCACUCCAUCAAGAUCAAAUGCGAGCUUGGCAAGGUCGGCGGGACGGGACCGUGCCAGCGAUGCGUUCGUCUGGACAAGGAGUGCAAAGUCACUCCCCCCAAACGGCAGAAGGACCGUGUUGCGGAGCUUGAGGCAGAGGUUGAGCAGUUGAGGAGGCUGCUCGAAUCUCAAAACAUCAACUUACCAUCCCCCGAAUCUGGCGGGGACAGGAGUAGCGCAAAUGAGAGCUCACCCAAUUCUAUUCCUCCCCGAAAUGCAGGACCCAAGAAACGCAAACUGGAAGAGGGCAUCCCCGAGCGAGAAGACGAACUGACCACCAACCCCGAAGACUGGUUCACCCGCCUCGACGCCAUCAUCCCGCAAGCCACCCAGAGCAAACUCCUCGACCGCUACACCGUAGAGAUGUUCCCUCGUUUCCCCCUGGUUCCCAUCAGGGGCAAAAAGGACUUCGCUUCCAUGCGCGCCGAACGCCCCAUGCUCCUCAUCGCCAUCCUCUACGCCUCCUGCUCCGCCGUCCUGCACCUCGACCUCCAGGAAGACGUCGCGAAGCUCAUGUUCGACAUCCUCUCCAAAGUCGUCGUCGAGGGCGACCAGAAAUCCACCACCAUCCUGCAGGCCAUCCAGAUCAUCUACCUCUGGUUCCGCGCCCCGAAGAACCACGCCUACGGCGGCUACUUCUCCAUCUUCGACCUCGUGAAGCUCGCCUCCGACAUGGCCGCCGAACUCGGCCUCGGCGGUCCCAUUCGUGGAAUUCAAGGGAAGAACAACUGGCACUCCACGCACCGCGACAUCGACAACGAGUCCGCCUGGCGCAACUGGCUCGUCUGCCGCAUCCUCUCCACCUCCCUCUGCCUCUUCAUGCGCACCCCGGACUCCCUGCGCUGGGACGAACACGACGAGUCCUCGCUGCAGAUGCUCGACUACUGGAAAGAAGGCGGCGAAGGCACGCGCCUCAUCUGCCACAUCGUCAAAGCGGAGAAGCUCACCGAGCGCAUCGCCUCGGAGUCCGGCUGCUACGACGCCGAGACCCCUGCCAUAGGCGUCUCCGACCCCGCCGUCCAACCCACCCGUCUCGCACUCCAAAGCGCAGCACUCGACUUCGAAUCCCAGGUCCUCCCCGACCUCUCCGGCCCCUUCGCCACCUUCUGGCGCCACAUCAUCACGCUCCAACUCCACGAACCCGUCCUGCACACCCCGACCAACAAGCGCUCCUUCACGGCCCCUUACCUCGCCGAACGCCUCUCCGUCACCGACUUCCCCAUGCCCCUCGUCACACCCUCCCACAUCGCCUCCCUCACCAGCUUACGAGACGCCGCACACUCCCUCCUCGACAUCUUCCUCUCCUUCGACACCACCACCGUCAUCACGCUGCCCGCCAUCCUCGUGCAUUCGAGGGUUGCGUACGCGCAGUACCUGCUCAUGCGCCUCUACAUCGCCACCUCCGCGCCGGGAAACACUUUCGGCGCUUUCCUCGACCCGGAGUCGCUGCGCAUAGACGCUUACCUCCCUCCCCUCAUCCGCCUACAGGAAAUCGUCUCAGCCGCCGACGAGCGCUGCGGCGCCUCCAGAGUCCUUUGGGCGAGUCCAAGGAUGCGGGAAUGGUAUCUCAAUUACCGGAGGACUUUCGUGGAUGUGGCGGUGCUGGAGCAGAGGCAGGUGGAGUUUAAUAGUGCUUUGGACUGGUACGGGUUUGGGGAUGUGGGGGUGGAGGGGUGGGAUUGGGGGUUGCAGGGGUUGUUUGAUGGGGGGGAGAUGGGGGAGGUGGGGGUCAUGCCGGAUUUGGAGGGGCUGUGA